UUCAGAACCUUUCCUCACUCACUCACUGUCUCUGGUCCUUCCUCGUUCACCCACUGUUCUGAUCCUUCCUCGCUCACUCAAAGUUUGUGAUCUCAUCAUCGUUCACAUCAUGCCGGGACAUAUCGAACCCGUAGCGUAUGAUAUGGUUGCGUUCUCCUCUACCCGUAACGGUGCGAGCUCGGGGGACGGAACCCAUCUUGCCACGCGUGAAUCUCCAGCGACCACUUACUCAGCCCUUCAAGGUGUGCAAUCUUCAGGCCCGCCUUCACUUCGCCUUUGGCAGCGCUACGAUGUACUGAAAAGGAACGAUGCGGAAAAAAACACCUUGAUCGAGGAACUGAUCUACCACUAUCAAUCCCUCCAGGAGAAAUACGAAAAGCAAACUGAUGACCAUGAUAGAGAGCGCGAGGCGAACCGCACACUUCAGAAGCGUGAGAAAGACAGGGAGCUCGAGAAUCGCCAUCUGCAUAGUUUGAUGAAUCGGGAUCCGUUUGCUCUUGUGCUACUUGACGGAGAUGGAAUGAUUUUUCAUGAGAGGUUCAUGCGUGAAGGUGAAGAUGGAGGCAGAAAAGCUGCAAAUGAACUGCACAACCAAAUCGCCGAGUACGUCUCUGAAACGUUGCCAAACUUCUCUACCGGCGGAGAGGCACGAAUAGUUUGCCGUCUUUAUGCAAACUUGAGUGGUCUAGCUGAAACCUGUCGUCGCGCGGGCCUGAUCGCGACCACUCAAGACCUUGAGGAGUUCAUGAAAGGGUUUACCCGUGCGAAGACACUGUUCGACUUUGUCGAUGUGGGCUCUGGAAAAGAUAGAGCGGAUGGCAAAAUCAUCGAACACUUCAAACUCAAUCUGUACGAUUAUCACUGUCGCCAAAUCAUCCUGGGUUGCUCCCAUGACAACGGAUAUGCUCGCACUCUGGAGGAAAUUGUUCAAGCCGACCUUAUCAAGCGAAUCACACUUCUUGAAGGUGUCCCGUUCGAAAGAGAGCUUGUCGUCUUACCGUUCCGGAAGCAUAAGAUCAUGAAUCUCUUCCGCGAGACGAAGAUCCUUUCCGUCCCUGAUUUCACGCCUAGGGCACCUGUCUUUACGCCUGGAAUCCGCGCUGCAGUGAUGCAUCCCCCUGGGUUCAUUACUGCCUCCCCUCCCGGAUAUCGUUCUAGUAGCGCUCUAGCCAUGCGUCCCGUGGAAAACGGAUACCCAUUUGCGGCACCACGUUUUUCUAGCCAAGAAUUUCCUUCUCUGGCAGAGAACAAAGCACCUACGUCAUUCGCCGAGGCGGUUAAAGCUCCGACCCCUCCUCCAACGCUCAGCUUUCCGAUUCCCCUCAAAGCAACUGCCACAGUAUUCACGCCCAAAUCUAACAUAUCUCGUGCAUCCUCGGCGGACGGCGGAAAGCCGUUCUGGCCCAUUGAUUUCCCGGAGGAUAUUCCCCGGAAUCGGAAGGGCCAGCGCAUUGACGUGCCUGUGGUUCCUUACGACAAGGACCUCGUGAACAAAAUCAAGGCGUUGAAACUUUGCAAUAUUUGGUUCCUUCGAGGCGAUUGCCCAUACUAUGCAGAUUGCACCCAUCAGCAUCAAUACGAGCCGAGUCGAUCGGAAAUGGAUGCCCUCCGCAUCUGCGCGCGCAUGGCCCCGUGCCAGUGGGGUAGUUUGUGCGACGAGAUGAAGUGUAUCUAUGGUCAUGUUUGCCCUGCGCCGAAGGCGAAGUCGCACGCAGAUGGGUCACAUGGGAAGACUUGCAUCUUCGGAUCGGAGUGUCGUUUUGGGCCAGAAAUGCAUGACAUUGACAAGAAUAUCGUGAGGUUCAUGACGGUGUAACGGAUCCGGAUGGAAAAUAACAUGAAAACUACAAAACAAGAUGGGACCACGGAACAGGCGG